UAUGUAAAUAGCGAAAACUGUGGUUUAAAGCCUGCCCUCAACUAUAUAGUCGGAGGUGAGAGGGCCGUGAGAAAUGAGUUCCCAUUCCUUGUAAUCAUCAAAUUAAACGGCAAUACCGUAUGCGGCGGAGCUAUUAUUAACGACAUUUGGGUCAUUACGGCCGCUCAUUGUUUUAAAGAUCGUGAGCACCAAAUCGCCGACUAUUCAGUUCACGCGGGGGCUCACAGUCUACACGAUGGCGAGGAAUAUAGAUUACAACUCAUUAGAGUCCAUUCAAAAUUUUCAUUUGGAGAAAUGAAUUCCGAUGUAUGUCUCAUCAAAAUGGACCGCAAUUUUAACUUUGGUCCACAUGUAGGACCGGUAUGUUUACCGAUGAUACAAAGGGCUGAGGUGUCCGGUGUUAUAACAGUGGCCGGGUGGGGUCGGCUCAUAGAAAAGGGAACGCCCUCUAAAAUUCUUCAAAAAGUUAAUUUACCGAUAAUUACUGAUGAACAGUGCUCCAGUAUGUACCAGGAUAAAGCUGUGGUUAUUUUUCGGUCACACUUUUGCACAUACCUCGAGGGGUACGACACGUGUGAAGUAUAUCCACAGUUUAAUAAAGGAGAUUCUGGUGGGCCGGCAUUUCAAUUUCAAAAUGGUAGGUUUACCCUGAUAGGCAUUGUCUCUUUUGGUUGGGAAUGUGCGGACACACAUCCUGUAAGAGUAGACCAGAAACCGAGAACUUUGGACUCGAAAUACAUUUUUCACAUACGUUUGUGUAAUCAUAUUGAGUCGUGUCAUGGACUCAAUGGUAUAUCACUUCCAGAGUGUGGCUUAAGUCGGAGAUCGUAUCAUAGGAAUGAAGGCAUGGGUGGCAAAGAGGCCAAGAGGGGACAGUUUCCGUGGAUUGUAUCACUACAAAUGAUCCACAACACCACCUAUAAGUACCACAUCUGUGGCGGUGCUAUACUUAACCACUUUUGGAUCGUAACUGCAGCCCAUUGUGUGCAACAUAGAAAUAAUUUCACUCAUAUUUUACAAAUACGUUUUGGUUCAGUGAACUGGACGUAUGGUUAUGAGAGCGAGAUCUCCAGAAUAGUUUGCCAUCCGUUCAACACAUACCACAUCAUUGAUGAUAAUGAAGACAACUUCGCAGACAUUGCACUCAUUAGAGUCACGAAACCCAUACGAAUGGUACAAAUAUUUGGUUAUUAUUUAGUGAAUAGCAUUUGUUUGCCACAUAAAGGCCAGAAGUUCAACGGGGUGUCCACGUUGGCCGGAUGGGGACAAGUUAGAUACCUGCACCCUAACACACAAAUGCCUGUUUAUAAUAAGACUCAAAUGCUACAUAAAGCUGAUAAUAUGCCGAUUGUAAGCCUAGAUAAGUGUAAAAUCAGUUAUGCGGUGGAAACCCGACAUCAGUUAAACCGCUAUAUCGAUGAGAAUAUUAUAUGUAGUGGUGGUAAUCAAAUGGGCAGUUCGUCUGGUGAUUCUGGGGGACCUCUUGUCUAUUACAAUGAUUCUCGUCAAAGAGCUAUCAUCAUAGGUGUGGCCUCAAUGGCCGAGCCUUGCUUUAUCUAUCAGGCUAUGAUAUCCCACCAAUACCCAGAGUAUGUAAAUAGCGAAAACUGUGGUUUAAAGCCUGCCCUCAACUAUAUAGUCGGAGGUGAGAGGGCCGUGAGAAAUGAGUUCCCAUUCCUUGUAAUCAUCAAAUUAAACGGCAAUACCGUAUGCGGCGGAGCUAUUAUUGACGACAUUUGGGUCAUUACGGCCGCUCAUUGUUUUAAAGAUCGUGAGCACCAAAUCGCCGACUAUUCAGUUCACGCGGGGGCUCACAGUCUACGCGAUGGCGAGGAAUACAGAUUACAACUCAUUAGAGUCCAUUCAAAAUUUUCAUUUGGAGAAAUGAAUUCCGAUGUAUGUCUCAUCAAAAUGGACCGCAAUUUUAACUUUGGUCCACACGUAGGACCGGUAUGUUUACCGAUAAUACAAAGGGCUGAGGUGUCCGGUGUUAUAACUGUGGCCGGGUGGGGUCGGCUCAUAGAAAAGGGAACGCCCUCUAAAAUUCUUCAAAAAGUUAAUUUGCCGAUAAUUACUGAUGAACAGUGCGCCAGUAUGUACCAGGAUAAGGCUGUCGUUAUUUUUCGGUCACACUUUUGCACAUACCUCGAGGGGUACGACACGUGU